AUGAGAAGAAAUGCAGAUUUGGAUUUUGUUGUGAGAAAUCCUAUAAUAUCAGCAAUUAAUAUUGUUUUAACUACUAAAAAGAGUUCAAAAUUUGGCAUUUUACUAUGUGCAACAGGACUUUUUUUGAGUUUUUGUUGUUAUCUUAAAUUAAAAAGAAAAUAAAAAAAAAUUACUGCAUUUUAGGAUAAAAUCAAGUUAUAAUCUCCUUUAAAUAAAAAUCUUCUGAUUCUAUUAGAUGAAUCAUGGAGAGAUGGAAAAUAUGAUAAUUUUACUUAUUUAUUACCAUAAUAUAAAUAGUAUGGGAAAAUGGCAGUAUUUAAAAAUGUUUUUCUUUAUUUAUAAAUGGAUUAGAAUAUGCAAAUAGGAGAUCUAAAUUUUAGUGUAAAUUCGAAUAAUUUAGAUUAAAUUAUCAGAAAAAAAGUACAAAGAACAGAUUUAUCUUAAACACUUACUCCGAAAUUAACAUUUUUCGUUUCUGAUAAUAUUCAUAUUGACUUUAUUAGAAAAUCAGAUAUGAUCUCAUCUGCUUUUUUAAAAGAUUUUAAUGAAAACUAAAUCUAUUCAGGGUUAAUCUCUGAGUUGAGAAAAUAUCCCAAACAAAAACUAUUAAUAUUUGAAUAUAUAAGUCAAAAAAUUUUAGGAACAAAUACAUUAUUUGAUGGAAAUUAAAUAUCUUGGCAAUAUCCUAAUCCUUUUUCAGUCAGUAAGGGUAAUUAAUUAUGUAUGAAAUGUACAGCGAUAAUUCAUAACGAUGAAAUUAGAGUAACAAAUAUAAAAGCUAUUGCAAAUGAUUUUGUCAGAUUAAAAUAUUUUCUGGAAGCAAAUAUUAUUUCAAAAAUUAGAAUACUUUAAACUAAAAUCAAUUUAACAAAAAUAUCUAUGGCUGUCUUUGGUUUUUUUACUAUCUAUUAAAUUGGAAAGUAUAUUAUAAAUUAACUUGAACCAUAUAUGCUAAAAAAAGAAUAUCCUGGAUUAGAUUAAAUAAAAUAAAAAUUUAGUGUUGCAUAUUGUGAUUAAGGUACAAGAUGUAUUCAUUGCAAAAGUAGACCUGCAAGCUUCAUUUUUAUACCUUGCUAUCAUUUAUAAUGUUGCAAAUAGUGUUUCGAUGAGCAUAAUCAAAUUGAAUGUAAGACCUGUAAAAUAACUAUUUAUUGUGGUAUACCUGUUUUUGUGUGUAAAUGA